GUCCCAGCAUCCCUUUUCCUGGAUCAGAGUGCCACGUAAUAAGUCUGUUGCUUACGGACUAGUUGGUUGUGUUGCAGCUGUAUCUUUCCGAGUUUCCGGAACUGGAGGAUUCCACCGAAAGCACAAGCAUUCAAGAAUCGGGGAGAUAUGGGGGGAUCGCAAAGUGUAGAGAUUCCCGGAGGAGGGUCAGAGGGUUACCACGUCCUCAGAGUACAAGAGAAUUCUCCAGGCCACCGUGCAGGAUUGGAACCGUUCUUUGACUUUAUUGUGUCCAUAAAUAAUACUCGAUUGAACAAAGAUAAUGACACACUAAAGGACUUGUUGAAGGCCAAUGUGGAGAAGCCAGUGAAGAUGCUGGUCUACAGCAGCAAGACUCUGGAACUGAGAGAGACCACGGUCACACCCAGCAAUCUCUGGGGUGGGCAGGGCCUCCUGGGGGUCAGCAUCCGCUUCUGCAGCUUUGAGGGAGCCAAUGAGAACGUCUGGCAUGUGCUGGAAGUGGAGCCAAAUUCUCCUGCUGCACUGGCUGGAAUGAGACCACACACAGACUACAUCAUUGGAGCUGAUACCGUCAUGAAUGAGUCUGAGGAUCUGUUCUCGCUCAUUGAGACGCACGAAGGGAAGGGCCUGAAGCUGUACGUGUACAACACUGACACAGACAACUGUCGAGAGGUGGUAAUAACACCCAACAGCUCGUGGGGUGGAGAAGGCAGUAUGGGCUGUGGGAUUGGCUAUGGGUACCUCCACAGGAUACCAACCCGACCGUUUGAGGAAGGAAAAAAGAUCAAUUUUCCUGGACAAAUUCCCAGUGAGCCCACUAGUCCAUUAAAGGAUGGCUUCACAGAGGUGCAGCUCUCAGCCGUCAAUCCCCCACCUGCUGUGCCAUCUGCUCCCACUGAGGAGGGGCUGUCUGGCCUGUCAAUCAGCUCAGCCCCACCCACCAUCCCCAGCGUUCUACAAACGGGUGUGCCCACUGUUCCUCUGCUGCCUACGUCAGGGAGCCCCUCGAUGAGUGCUGUUCCGCCCACCAACCCUGCUGCUACAUUGCCAGGUCUGAUGCCCUUACCAGGAAGUUUGCCCCCGCUUCCCAACUUGCCAAAUUUGAAUAUCCCUUUACCAGACUUAAGUGCAGUAUCUUUAGCAGGCAUUGUAGGUCUGCCACCACAUACAUCAGCUACAGGUUUCCUCCCGCUCGCCCCCCUACCUCCUCUGAAUCUGCCUGGUAUAUCCCCACUGCCCCUGUCUACCAUGCUCCCCUCCCAGCUGCCCAUGGCUCCAGGAGUGACCUGCCCCCCGUCUGUCAUCCCUGCCUCUGUCCCAGCUGUUGCUGAGCAAACUCCUGCUCUCAUCCUGGAUGCUACAGCCUCUCCCAAUACCCCUGUUGCCAGCGAUGUGCUCACAGAGGCUCUCACUGAAGCAGCAGUUGCCACGGAAACUCCUUGUCCGGAGGAGACAAUCGCACAGGUGUCCUCCGAGGCCUCAUAACAGUGAGUGGCUCCUUCUGUCGGCCCUCUUCGCUGUAUUUAUUUAACCACAGGAAAAUGUUCCAUCAUAGAGAAUAUGGCACAUCAAACCUGUGGGUGGGGGGUGGAGGGGUGGGGGGUUGUCAAACCAAUGGGGUGAUCCACUGGGAAUUUUGUGGCAGUUGAGAAUUUAAAAAUAACAAAAAGGUGUGAGGCUAAAGAUAAUGUGCUGAAGUAUGUCAAGGGAUCUCUUGCAAUCGGUUGCUGUUAAGCCUCAGCCUUUUCUGAAUCAUCUGUUUCUUUUAUUUUGAUCUGACACUCUCUUCAACCCCAAAUGUUGUCCCAUUCCACAAUAUUAAUUUGGUUUAAAUGAUACAUGAUGGUAACUUGUAUUUUUUUAAUAAUUGAUUGUAUUUCAGCACAGAUCUUUAUUGAACAAGGUGCAGUUAUAUCCAUGUGUCUCCAUGUACUGUCUUUCAAGUAAGCUGCUACACUUUGCUUACUGUUGCCAUGUCGUACAAAACUAUUUGCUGUGCAAAGGAGUUUGGAAUAUGCGAUUGGAAAUCUAACGGUGGCGCUCCAAACCACCCAGUGAAAAAAAAUACUCUGUUCUCACAUUAAAGCAAUAAAACAGAUGGUAUUUUA